UGCAAAAAACAACCAUUGCGGGCUCCCAAAUUACGCCAUGCCCAUAAACUUAGACCACUGUUCAAUUUCCCUGUCCCAUAGACAAUUUCCCAUUAAUCCCACCAUGUUUAAAAACGUAAUUAAGCACUCAGAUUUGUUAAAAUCCAGUAAUUUUCCUUCCUUCUUCAGAAUAAGAUCCCAUUUUACUGCCAUAAAAAAUUCAUCCAAGAGUAAUAAUUUAUUUUCCAGAAUUAGUCCUCUCAGACAAUCCUCCGCUGUAGUUCCUGUCCUCGAUCAAUGGGUUGAAGAGGGCAGAAAGAUCCAAAAGAUCGAGCUUCAGAGGAUUGUUCAUGAUCUCCGAAGCCGCAGGCGUUAUUCUCAGGCCCUUCAGGUUUCUGAAUGGAUGAGUCAUGAAAGUCGCUGGACAUUUUCUCCUAGUGAUUGUGCCGUGCAUGUGGAUCUGGUUGGCGUGGUCCAGGGAUGGGAUGCUGCAGAGCAUUACUUUCACAGCUUGAAAGACCAAGAAAAGAAUGAUAAAACAUAUGGCGCUCUUUUAAACUGUUAUGUUCGUGAAGGACUCCUAGAGAAGUCUCUUUUACAUGUGCAAAAGAUGGAGGAGAUUGGUUAUGCUUCGUCAACUCUUGUUUACAACAAUCUCAUGUGCCUUUACAAGCUAACUGGGCAGCUAGAUAAAGUCCCUGAACUGUUGGCAGAGAUGAAGAAGAAUGGUGUGUCUCCUAAUAACUUUAGCUAUAGAAUCUGCAUAAACUGUUAUGGAGAGAAGUCUGAUCUUACUAGCUUGGAGGAGCUUUUGGAAGAGAUGGAGAACCAACCUGACAUCUCCGUGGACUGGACCACCUAUUCCAUUGUCGCCAGCUACUACAUUAGAGAUAACCAGAAGGAGAAAGCAAUUGUCUUUUUAAAGAAAUUGGAAGAUACAUUACUCAAAAAUGCUGUGGGGUACAAUCACUUGAUUUCACUCCAUGGGCAACUAGGGAAUUUGGAUGAGGUAAUGAGACACUGGGGUGUUCAAAAAUUUGUCUGUAGAAAACAAAUCAACCGAGACUACAUCACGAUGCUCGGCGCUUUAGUGAAGCUUGGUGAACUUGAAAAGGCCAAAGAGCUGCUGCAGGAGUGGGAGUCUUCUUGCCACACGUAUGAUUUCAGAGUGCCCAACAUUUUACUAAUUGGGUACUGUCAGAAAGAUCUAACCGAGAAGGCUGAGGACAUGCUUCGCAAGAUUGUGAAGAAAGGGAAAGUGCCAACUCCAAACAGCUGGGGGAUUAUUGCAGGAGGAUAUAUGAAUAAAGGUAACAUGGAGAAGGCCUUUGAGUGCAUGAAGGAAGCUCUGGCGGUACAAGAGCAAAACCCGAAAUGGGAUCCAAAACCUAGAUUAGUUUUCAACAUAUUGAAUUGGCUUGGCAAUAGAGGAGAGCUUGAAGAGGUACAGGCUUUAAUUAGGUCGUUAAGGACAGUUGUUCCAGCAAAUAGAAACCUGUAUCAUGCAUUAAUUAAAGCAAAUAUUAGAGACAGGAAAGAUGUUGAUUGGGUUUUAGAGAGCAUGAAAGCGGAUGGUGUCGAGGAAGAUGCAAAAGUUGAAAAGAUACUUGCCAUGAGAUGAAGGAAGCUGGGAACUUCACAUGAUUCUAAGAAAUUUUCGCAGUUUUGGAACAUGCAUUUUGCUUUACUUUCGCAGCUCUUGGAGAAGCUCGUAACUUUUUGAGAUGCAGCACCUUGUAAAUCAGCUGCUGAAGGAUACAAGUCUGGUGUGGCUUUUCAUAGGCAGGCUUACCAGGUUUGAAAUAGACAUGUACAGCCAAGGGAGGUGUGCAGCAUGCAGUGGAUUUCGGGCCUCAAUAAUUGUGGAAUGCAAUGUAGACAAUAAACAGCAAAUGUGUAGAAUUAGUGCAACAAAUGUAUACACUUGAACAAUAAAUGUAAAUCAGCAAAAACUGUUAGUACUUGUUUUUUAAUCAAUUACAGCUAUUGAAUUGAAAUGAAGUUGUACCCAAA